UAGUUCGGUAUAUCAGACUCAAUUUGUCUUCUUCUCUAGUUAUUUCGUGUUAGUUCUCCUCGCCAGCCUACACACGACAGGGGCCAUCAUGACCACUGUAUGUGACUGUAGUAACGAGCGAAAGGAUGGGUUCAUCGCCUUCGACGAUGAAGACUGCCUCCUGGGAUCGGAAGAUCCUGCCCCCCCAAAAAAUGUUACGUACACCCUGUACUCCCAUUUACCAGAAGUUAAACGAUUCCCAGGACACGUUUGUCGCAUGUGGGCGGUCACUCGAUCUAUCUUUACCGACUUCUUCGGUUGGCAUUACACUACUGAAAGUAAAUGGGCCGUUCCAGUAUCCACUUCCGACUGUGAAGAAAUGCGGGAUCUAAGGAAAUGCAAAAACGAGACAAUGUACGCGAAAGGCAGUCACAAGUACACCUAUGACGUGAUACCCUCGUUACAGCCGGUUUGGAUGACAAAACGUUGGGCCGUCACAUUCCAUUGUAAAAUCGCGGAGGUCGCAUUGGAAAGUGAGUGCGACAAUUGCACUAUCAACUCCCCCGUCGGUACAAUCGAAUUCCCCUAUAACGGAUCCGUGACCAGAAACCUUCAAACGCUUAUUUGGGAAGACGCGUACAAAGAAAAAAAACCAUGUGAUCUCAAACUAGCAGGUGAAUCGGUAAACGACGGCCUGUUGUACAAGACUCACGAUCCAAAAAUGCGGCGCUUACAGGAUCGGAUCAGCCAAACAGACUACCUCGUUAAUGUUACGAAGGAAUUAGAACGGUGUGGCAAAUCCGCCUUGUUCAGCAUAAACGGAAUGGAAAAAAUCCUGAUUGUCAUUAACAUACCAACGCCGGAACUGUAUACCUCAUAUGCCUCGGGUUUUACGAACGCUACAGAACCACUAGCCACUCCAUUGUUAGUCGAAGUACACUCAAACGGGUCUUACGACAGCAUCGAUUCCCAGAAUACCACAGAGCGUAAGAUUCCUGCGUCAUUAGCAGCAGAGAUCAAGCAGGCGGCUCAUCAUCAAUAUACCAGGGAUCUGGCACUAGACCAAGUAAAUCGGCUGGCGAAUGAAAUUAGACGCCUCCAAUGCGAGAACCGAAAAGCAACACGCAAUAGUAUCCUCUUGAGUGCUAAGAACGACGGGUGGUACGCGGCUACCCAACUUCAACUGCCUAGUUGUUCAAGAUUAACAGUGUAUGGAGCGCAGGUUGAGGUUGCACGUUGCGCACCUUUUAAUGUAUCCUUCGGGGCCGAGCGGACGAAAUGUGGAAAUCAGCCCCGUUUUAUGAACUUCACAAUAGCCCAUAACGGUUGGCAACUUGUUCCAUAUCACCCAUGUUAUUGGCCCGAACCUAACUACGUCAACUUUAAUGGGAAAACUCACAUCUACGCGGAUGGUGGGUGGGUUCCGGUAAUCACAACAGUUCCAACAAACGGCAGACGCCUGGUCGGAUUGGCGACGUAUGAAGCUGAUAAUUCUCUACAAAAUUUUUUGCAAAUGAAUCCUGCGAUGCAAAACGGGCCGUUGAGUCACGCGUCGGUGAUGGCCGACAUCUUGGCUUCUAUUCAUGAGCACUACGCAGAAGACAACUCACGUCAAUUACUGACAUCAAACGUACUCAUUCAUCACGGCGACGCACCGAACAUUGAUUUCGUCGCUAAGAUCGGUGGAUGGGUAAAGAAUUUCGGAGCAGUCUCGGGAUUUGGUGCGUUGUCAGUAUUGGCCGUGAGAUUUUGCGGAAUCGGUUCGCUACUACUCAAGGCUUUCCCCCUCCUUUCCAAAAUCCUCCAAAUGACUUGUUUCAAAAAGCCUCCAUUGGCCAUCACCGCUGCAGAUCUACCCAUGUCCAUCGACGUACAACCAACAGCAGUGACCAACCCAUCCCAAUCCACCGCAUCUGCAUGGACAGCAGUUCCGCCACGCCGUACGCGACCGCGCCAACCACGACCACCACACACGACUCAGGAAGGCGAGGCCUUCUUACCACGUAGACCACGAUCACAGCCACGAAGAGUCGAAUAAAAUUGCCAUAGUGUCGUUUUUCAUCACUAGUACAUUUCCUUUUCCCUCAUAAUUUUGCCACAGUGUUCCCUUUUUCUCAGUUCUUAACGUCGUCCCCUUAUACUAUCAUUUCCUUUAGUAGUCGCCAUAGUGUCGUUACAUUUUUUUCCCCAUUGCUGUUUCAUUUCCCUCCACUUAUUCUACGUAUAAUUUGGUCACAGUGUGCCUUAUUAAUUCUUAUCGUAAUGCUUUUCACUCUCACUCUUCCAGCAGUAAUCAUCGCUCUGUUCUUUUCCGUUUUUUCUUUUAUCGUGUUGCCAUUGUUUGCGCUAUUAAUUUUGCACAUAAUUCUGCCACAGUGUCUCUUCUAUGUUCGCGUUCGCCCCCUCUACUUCCGUAUCCAUUAAAUUGCCAUAGUGUCGUUUUCAUCGCUAGCACAUUUCCUUUUUACCUUAUAAUUUUGCCACAGUGUUCCCCUUUUUUUUUCAGUUCUUAACGUCGUCCUCUUACACUAUCAUUUCCUUUAGUAGUCGCCAUAGUGUCGUUACAUUUUUUUUCCCCCAUUGCUGUUUCAUUUCCCUCCACUUAUUCUACGUAUAAUUUUGUCACAGUGUGCCUUAUUAAUUCUUAUCGUAAUGCUUUUCCCUCUCACCCUUCCAGCAGUAAUCAUCGCUCUGUUCUUUUCCGUUUUUUUUUCUCUUUCCUUUUUAUCGUGUUACCAUUGGUUGCGCUAUUCAUUUUUUCACAUAAUUCUUUUCUAUGUGCGCGUUCGCUCUCUCUACUUCCGUAUCCAUAAAAUUGCCGCAGUUACUUCGCUGUUACUUUCCAUUUUUCAAUCUUACAGUGCCUCUUCCGGUUCUAUCUUGCUCAUCCGUCGCAUUCCCUUGCUAUUCGUAUUCAGAAGCUGAGAGUGAUUGUUGCGGGGCGCAACAAUUGAGGAGGGGGGGUGAUGUAAAGAAUCGAGAUCUCUGACAACAGAGAAACGAUGUCUUUCGACUUUCUAAAAAGUCACCCCUCUGGCGCCCCAAGCAAUACGGGGAGUUGACCGUUGCGGAAAAUACCCCCUUGUUCUCGAACAAAGAAGAAGGUCAAGUUGACCGUUGGAAAGGACGCUACCACGACCCCCACGCCAACCAAGGAAAAAAUGCUUCCUCAAGACCUAAUAAAUAGAACUAGAUUUAGCUCGCCCCCCCAGUCUUCUGUUAGCAUUCUCGCUAGUUAUUCCUGUCUGUCCCGGCCUGUUCCAGCCCUACUGUGCCUACAAAAUACAACAUGCGGUAAAGUCAAACAAAGAUUCCUUAUUUACAUUAAAUUCUUGUGAUAGUUUGCACGUUCCACGCGCGUGUAAACCA